AUGUCCUCCAGUGUCUCCAAGAAGAUAGGUGGCGAGUACGGCGAGGUCAGAGCAACUAUCGACGUCGAAAAGCUCAAUACCUACCUUGCCGACUUGAAUACUGGGACAAUCCAAACCCCAGUUACCAUCAAGCAGUUCAAAUUUGGUCAGUCAAACCCCACGUACUUUCUGACAGAUGCGAAGAAAACUCGCUUCGUUCUGCGGAAAAAGCCUGCAGGACAGCUCCUGUCAAAGACCGCUCAUCAAGUUGAACGAGAAUACGCCAUGUUAGCCGCACUGCAUGGACACAACAUCAACCCGAAAACUCCACCAGAGAAAAAGAUUCCGAUACCAGAACCCAUUCUUCUCUGCGAGGAUAUUUCCGUGAUUGGGACGCCUUUCUACAUCAUGGAGUUUUUGGACGGACGCAUCUUUACAGAUACAAGAAUGCUUGAGGUGCCCCCACCGGAUCGACGUGAAUGCUGGCUUUCGGCAGUGCGAGCACUUGCUGCACUGGGAUCCAUAAACCCUGCAGAAGUGGGUCUCUCGAAGUUCGGCCCCCCAACUGAUUAUUUUCCCCGACAAAUCAAGUCCCUUUCUCGAGUUUCUAGCGCACAGGCGGCAGCGACAGACGUUGAAACGGGGAAAGCCACUGGGAAUAUUCCUUUCUUCGACGAGCUCAUUGCAUGGUACCGUAGUAAUCUCCCAGAUGAAAGAAAGACUGGCCUCCGCAUCGUUCAUGGAGAUUAUAAGCUCGACAACUUGAUUUUCCAUCCAACUGAAAAUCGGGUCAUUGGCAUUCUUGAUUGGGAGUUGUGUACUCUAGGUAGUCCCCUUGCAGACCUUGGGAACCUCACCCAGCCCUGGUCAAUUGAUAUGAGAGAUAUCCCACCCACGGGCACGUUUACCAUGCGAGGCUAUAAGAACACCACAGUUGAUGUCCCUAUCCAACUUGAAGAUCUUGAAAGAGAAUACUGCCGACUCACAUCACAGCCAUACCCUAUUCCAGAGAUGGUGUUUGUUCGGAGUUGGAUGCUCUUUCGACUCGCUGUAAUAUCUCAAGGAAUUGCAGCUCGAUACGCCCGCCGUCAAGCGAGCUCAGAACAUGCCUACCUUCAUGUCUCUGGAUUUCCCGUCGUUGGGAAAUUAGCCAAGAUUGUCUUGGAGGAACGAGGAGUUAAUUUAGAAACCAAAGCAAAGCUUUGA